AUGGAUUUGGCUCCUCCCUAUCAUCGAUCCGAUCCCAAAAGCCGAACGAAAUCAUCGUCAAGACUCUCAAAACUGCGGUAUUACAACGAUGAGAAGAAGGAAAUAACCUCCCCAAAUCUUUCCCUGGAAAUCGUCCCUUCUUCCCCUACCCCAACAAUGGCGUCCCCAUCCCCUUCCAAGUCCCCUGCCGGUCUUCCCCUUCACGAACUCCUUCAUCUUUCACCUUCCCCGCUUCGAAGAUCCAGAACCCGUCUCGCCGACCGGAUGGAAUUGGCGGCGGAGGACGGCGGCGCAGAGCCUAAUGGAGGUCGGAAGAAAUUGAAGAGCAAAAGUUUAGGGCCGGCGGGAAUUGCUGCCGGGAAUGGUUCUCCGAAGGUUAUUAGGAGGUCGUCAAGAAGGCGGUUGGAGCAGGAUAUGAUAAGGGAUGAGAGGGAUUAUGGGUUGGGAGGAGAUAUGGUGAAGCCCAGGAAGAAAAGAAAUAGUGGUAGGUCUAAGAAGGACAAGCUCAGUGUGGCCCCUUCAACUCCAUCACCAAAAAUCAGCGACGCCAAUGAGUGUAAUGUGGAUGGAGUUAGACGAGUGAUUAGCGAUUUAGUUAUGUGGAAAGAUGUGGCCAAGUCAAGCCUUUGGUUUGGUUUUGGAACAAUGUGCUUCCUGUCGUCUAGCUUUACAAGCGGUGUUAAUUUCAGCAUUUUCUCGGCGAUGUCUCAAUUAGGGCUCUUGUUUCUGGGAUUGUCAUUCUUCUCAAAUUCAGUCCGUAAAAAGGAUUACCCUAGUACUGAUCGUGAAUUUAAGCUUACGGAAGAAGAUAUUUUACGGGUAGGGAGGUUAAUACUUCCAGCUACAAAUCUUGCAAUUUCAAAGAUAAGGGAGCUGUUUUCAGGAGAGCCUGCAAUGACGUUAAAGGUUGUUCCUUUCUUACUUCUUGGAGCUGAGUAUGGUCAUCUUUUGACCCUGAGGAAGCUAUGUGCACUAGGGUUCUUUUCCAGUUUCAUUUGUCCGAAGUUGUAUUCCUCCUACUCCAUUCAGAUACAUAAAAAAGUUAAUCGUUUGAUGUCUUGGAUGUUGGAGGCAUGGAGAGAUUGCUCUCGUAAGAAAAUGGUGGCUGCAUCUGGAUUCAUGGCAUUUUGGCAUCUGACAAGCAUCAGAACCAGGAUCUUUGCAGCAUUCAUAGGUCUGGUAAUAGUCAGAUACUCUAGGCAACAUAAACUCUCAGAACAAAAGGCUGAAGUGGUGGAGGUUGGUGGAGAAGUUAAGGAACCACUAGUGGAGGAGCUGCAGGAGGAGAAGCCGCAGGAGGAGGAGCUACAGAAAGCCCUGGUGGUGGUGGAAAUUGAUCCUAAAAAGGGCUAA